CUUUGAGUUUUGAGCUGUUUUGUGUGUUAAAAAAAACUAUCAAAUUUUACAUGUUCUGAUCCGUUUUAUUUUGAAGCUAGAGAGAAAUUUAUAGACAAGUUAUUGAAGAAUAUAUAUGGAUUAAAAACAUCUAUCUAUAGAGCAUAAAUAAUUCCGUUUGGUCCACCAUGUGGAACCAUGUGGAAACCACUAUCUAAAAGUGACUUACAAGCGAGAAACCACUAGGACUCACAUGCACAGUCGACUAUAUAAGUGUUUAUUUAUAUCACAUAAAGCUCCUUACACAAAAGAUAGAAUGGGUUCUAAGUUUGGAAUCGGCUCUUUGAGCAUUGUAAUGACUCUGCUUCUUUCUUUGGUUCCAAAACUUGAGGCAGCGUUCACAACGGUCGAACAAGCAAUACAAUCUGAUGGCUCGAUCAGUUUCCUGGUGAUUGGAGAUUGGGGAAGACGUGGACUCUAUAAUCAAUCCCAAGUUGCCCUUCAGAUGGGGAAAAUUGGGGAGAAGAUGGACAUCGAUUUUGUGGUUUCCACGGGUGAUAACAUCUACGAUAACGGGAUGAAAAGUAUCGACGAUCCUGCCUUUCAACUAUCCUUCGUUAAUAUCUACACUUCUCCUAGCUUGCAAAAGCCUUGGUACCUUGUAUUGGGGAAUCACGACUAUAGAGGAGAUGUUGAAGCACAGUUGAGUCCGGCCCUCAGAUCAAUGGACAGCCGUUGGAUUUGCAUGAGAUCAUUCAUCGUAGACGCUGAGAUUGCAGAGCUCUUCUUUGUCGACACAACUCCUUUUGUAGAUGCUUAUUUCCUCAAUCCCGAGGGACAAAAUUACGACUGGAGAGGCAUAUCACCGAGAGAAUCCUAUCUUCAAACCACUCUAAAGGACUUGGAGACGAGUCUGGGAGAAUCAACAGCAAAGUGGAAAAUUGUGGUGGGUCAUCAUGCCAUCAAGAGUGCUUCCAUUCAUGGGAAUACUAAAGAGCUUGAAUCUUUACUCUUACCCAUCCUUGAGGCGAAUAACGUUGAUCUCUAUGUGAACGGUCAUGAUCAUUGCUUGCAACAUAUUAGCACAUCUCAGAGUCCUAUCCAGUUUCUAACGAGUGGUGGUGGGUCAAAAGCAUGGAGAGGUUAUUACAACUGGAAAACCCCAGAGGAUAUGAAAUUUUUCUAUGAUGGGCAAGGUUUCAUGUCGAUUAAAAUCACUAGAACUGAAAUGGGUAUCGUCUUUUACGAUGUCUUCGGCAAUAUUUUACACAAGUGGGACACAUCCAAAGUGUUGUACAAGGAUUUAGAUUUCUCACUGUAAUUACAGUAAAAAUUACUCGCACCUGGUGUUCCAUUUCCAUAAUGAGUGACUCCAAAAAUUUUAUAAAAAGAAUAUGAAGGGAUUACACUGAAAUUUGUACAAAAUGUUGGAGAAAUUGCAAUGUGAGCCUCUCCCUCACGUCACAAUCUUUACCUUUCAACUAAUUAUUAACGCCAUUUUUAACCCAAAAGAUCAUUUGACUCGUCUACUGAUUAAGCACGUGGUCCAUGUUUUCCAUAAAACGCAUCGUUUUACCUGUCAGCUCUCUCAGAGUUUUGAUUUCCGACAAUGGCGGCUACGACAUUGUACAAGUAGUCUUCGUCCCUUGUCUUCUUCCACCCAAGUCCCGCUCCACCACUCGCCUAAACCCUUCUUCUCCUGUCAAACUCUCUCCUAAUCCGACCAGCAAGUCUCGCGGUUUCUUAGGCGUUAGUCGAAUCAAAGGCUCAAUCUUUGUUCUGUUUCCUCUGUGUGGUAGGAUAGGAGUUUGGGUUCGUAGACAUGUCGCUACGAAAGCUUCGAUUGAAAUGUCGCAUUUCGAACUCUCAGCACCUUCCGCUGCUCUCAAUUCCUCUAAGAAACAGAAGGGUCCCAUCAUUGUGAUUGAUAAUUACGAAAAGCUUCACCUACAAUCUCUGCCAGGCUUUGAUUUUCGAAUCCUCCUUUACGCCUCUUUAUCAGCUAAAAUGAUUUUGAUUAAUUGAAGAAUUAAAAAGUUUCUGAUUUUGCUCAGUCAAAGAUACUCAUUAGAUUAAGUAUAUGGGAGAGCUAGGGUGCCAUUUUGAAGUUUGCCGCAAUAAUGAGCUUACAGUAAAGGAGCUGAAAAGGUACCCCACAGGACUCAGGGAUCUCCUUACAAACUGUUUUGGAAAUAAGACCACAUGUUCCUUUAUUUGGAGUAUGUAUGGGUUUGCAGUGUAUAGGAGAAGCUUUUGGAGAUCGUGCGGUCACCAUUGGGUGUUAUGCACGGGAAAAGCUCCAUGGUUUACUAUGAUGAGAAAGAUAAUAAGCCCUUUCCUUGUAGGUAGAUAUCACAGCCUCGUGAUCCAAAAGGAUUCGUUUCCGAGUGAUGAGCUCGAGGUUACUGCAUGGACAGAGGAUGGUUUGGUGAUGGCGGCUAGACACAGGAAGCACAAGCAUAUACAGGAGUUCAGUUUCAUCCGGAGAGUAUUAUAACAACUGAAGGCAAGACAAUUGUCCGCAUUACAUCAAACUUGUUGAGAAAAAGAGGUUGAGAGGCUUUUCUCAAUCAGAAAACCAGAUGUGUAGGUUUAGUGCCUCCCUGUAAUAAAGCUUGCCAAUGCAAGAUGUUCAUUGUCAAUAUUCCUAUUGUUUGGUUUUGAUUGGUUGAUUCGGUUGUAUAGCAAAGUCAUGUUGAACUUCAUGUAAUGAGAUCACUGAUGCAAGCUCUUUAGCAAUGUU